GGGGCGGAGUGUGUGGAGGACUGUCACCUAUACCAAGGCUCUGUGCGGGAGUACCAGAACGGCUCUCUCUGCAGCGCCUGUCACUCAGAAUGUCGACCAAUCAAUGGCUCCGCUUCCUGCCAUGGCCCGGGGCCCCACCAGUGUGCGGAGUGUGUGCACCUGCAGGACGGGGGAGUGUGUGUGUCGCGCUGCCCCAGCGGGGUGAAGGAGGAGCAGGGCACCGUCUGGAAGUACAGCAACGCCAGCGGGCACUGUCUGUCCUGCAACACCAACUGCACACUCUUGUGCACGGACAUGGACGAGAGAGGCUGUCCAGUUCACUCCCAGACAGGACCAGGGACGUCCAUCGCGGCGGCGGUGGGCGGAGUCAUUCUGUUCCUGAUCCUAUUGGCUCUGCUGGUGUUCUACCUGCGCAGGCAGAAGAAGCUGCGCAGGAAGGAGACGAUGAGGAGGAUCCUGCAGGAGCACGAGCUGGUGGAGCCUCUAACUCCCAGCGGCGCCGUGCCCAACCAGGCCCAGAUGAGGAUCCUGAAGGAGACCGAGCUGAAGAAGCUGAGAGUGCUCGGGUCCGGGGCCUUUGGCACCGUCUACAAGGGGGUGUGGGCUCCUGAUGGGGAGAGUGUGAAGAUCCCGGUGGCCAUCAAGGUUUUGCGUGAGAACACUUCUCCUAAAGCCAACAAGGAGAUCCUGGAUGAGGCGUAUGUGAUGGCGGGCGUGGCCAGUCCGUAUGUGUGUCGUCUCCUGGGGAUCUGCCUGACCUCCACGGUGCAGCUGGUCACCCAGCUGAUGCCCUAUGGCUGCCUGCUGGACUAUGUCAGAGAGAACCAAGAGUGCAUCGGCUCCCAGUGUCUCCUUAACUGGUGCGUCCAGAUCGCCAAGGGGAUGAGCUACUUAGAGGACGUCCGUCUGGUGCACCGGGACCUGGCAGCGCGGAACGUCCUGGUGAAGAACCAGCACCACGUGAAGAUCACAGACUUCGGUCUGGCCCGCCUGCUGGACGUAGACGAGACCGAGUACCACGCCGACGGGGGCAAAGUCCCCAUCAAGUGGAUGGCACUGGAGUCCAUCCUCCACAGGAAGUUCACCCACCAGAGUGACGUGUGGAGCUACGGGGUGACGGUGUGGGAGCUGAUGACGUUUGGGGCGAAGCCGUACGACCAGAUUCCAGCGCGGGACAUCCCCGAGCUGCUGGAGGGAGGAGACCGCCUGCCCCAGCCGCUCGUCUGCACUAUUGACGUCUACAUGAUCAUGGUCAAGUGCUGGAUGAUUGAGCCAGACAGCAGGCCGAGGUUCAGGGUUCUGGUGUCAGAGUUCAGCGCCAUGGCCCGUGACCCCUCCCGCUACGUGGUCAUCCAGAACGACGAGCAGAUGAGCCUGUCGUCCCCGGUGGAGAGCCAGUUCUUCCGGAUGCUUCUGGAGGAGGAGGGUCCUCACAUGAAGGAUCUUCUGGACGCUGAGGAGUACCUGGUGCCGCAGCCCAACUUCUUCAGAGCGCAGGGAUAUGCCCCCUCCAGACACCCCUCUCACAGGAGCGCAGACCAGACCCUGGAAGGAGAGGGGCCCAUGGCCACCGGCCCUAAGGGCAUGUACUCCUCCCUGGGGACCCUGGGGCGCAGCCAGUACCCCACCUUGCCCCUGGGGGGCGGCAGCAGCAACGGCCCCUGGACGCCCCCGUACCCCUCGCUGGCCCGGAGCCCGUCAGCGGGGGGCCAAUCAGACUCAGUGUUUCUGGACGGGAACUGUGAGGACGCCUCUGCCGUCCCGGAGCGCUACUGUAAGGACCCCACGUUCCCCGGCGACGAGGAGGGGAGCGUGGAGGAGACAGAUGGCCCCGCCCACCGCCUGCAGCAUCACAACCACACGCUACCCCGCGGGAGCCAGCGAGCCGGUCACCAUGGCAACGCCGCACCAGAGUAUGUAAACCAGCAGGUGCAGCCCCCCCGGCCAGCCCUCCCGGACCGCCCCAGCACCCUGCCCCGCAGGCCCCAGGACAAGAGGAGGCCCAGCGGCCUGAAGAACCCAGAGUACGGCCUGGCCCCCGGACACAGUGGGGAGCACCCAGAGUACCUGGUCCCUCUCCCCACCUCCCCGGCCUUCGACAACCGCUACUACCUGGACCUGCCAUCCACGGCCUGGGCUGGGGGGGAGGCAGGGGCGCCCAGACACGUCAACGGGUUUGUGACGCCCACAGCUGAAAACCCAGAGUACCUGGGCCUGGCGGACACCUGGGGGGGCCACACCUGAGUGAGAGGGGUGUGGGGGAGAGGGGGAGGGAGGGGUGUGGGGGAGAGGGGGAGGGAGGUUGGCCGCUGCUGGUGGGAUGGGCAGAGUAAGGGAUGUGAAAGAGUGUGUGUAUGUAUGUGUGUGUGUGUGUGUUAGUGAGACAGGAUGUGUAAGUGUGUGUGUGUUAGAGCCAGUUAAUGAGGGGGAUGGCCUCAUUGUGAACAGAUGGUGGCCUUGGUGGGACAAAAUAUGUUUACACAGCCUCUGAAACAACACCAGGUACAAAUGUACUAGUUGAAAAGUUCUCAAAUCCACACGGUACUAACAAGCCUGGCUGGAUCUGCAGGAGAACCCAAGUAACACUGGACUGUGCAGAUGAGUACAGAAAUCCAUCUUUUCAGUGAAGUUUUUCCUCUUCAAGUUAUCAUUCAUGCUUCUGGUGAGAAGAUAUUUUUUGAUGGACUUUUGUCUCCUUGUGUCAUCCCGUCUAAUCUUGCCUUCCUUAAAAAAUGUACGACGCACCAACAGAACAGUACCAAUGGAACAGUACCAACAGAACAGUACCAACGGAACACGUACCAAUGGAACAGUACCAAUGGAACAGUACCAACGGAAUAGUACCAAUGGAACAGUACCAACGGAACAGUACCAAUGGAACAGUACCAAUGGAACACGUAACACGCACAAGUCGUGUGGCUUCUCAGUGAGAGAGAACCCCCCCGAAAAGCAGAGACACGUUUAGUAUUCUGGCCAGUGACUCUCACACUCUCCUCCUCAGGACAAUCAAAGCCAUGUUGUUGUGUCCUGGCUGCCUGUCCGGCCAACACCAGGACGCUGUGGGAGACAGACGUGUGUAGAAGACAGGCGCUGCUCUGGAGGCAGACAGCCGUCCACACAGGCUGAACGGGAGCCACUGGACAGACAGAAUACUAAUCAGUUUCCUUUGACAAUGUUAUAAAACCUUUCUCAACCUGGUACUGUCAGAAAAAAAAGCUCUUGAAAAGAAACUCUAAAUGACAACGUUUCGAUGUAUGUUUUUUGAGAAGGUUAUUUGCAUUUUGAUCUCAGAUGUAUACAAUGCAGUAUGUAUCCCCUGUCUUUCUCUUCCUGUGUGGUGUGACAGAGGGGCCAGUGUUGGCCAGUAAAGCCUGAAGCACUUCUCCUUGGUGUUAACAUGCAUCAACACCAUACACCACAGAGGUUAGCCUGUUCUUUAUUACUGCAGUUGUAUGUAUGUGUGUUUAUAUAUAUAUAUGUAUUCAUUUUCAUGUUUUUGCCCCCAAAAAUUGGAAAACACUUGUUGUAAUCCUCGAAGAUGUGUAGAAACACUGGAUGUGAUCUGAACACUGUGAGGGAGUAGGUGGAGCCCUCCCUCCUUCCCUCCCUCCCUUCCUCCCCACCUCCCUCCCUCCCACGUCCUCUACCCCAGCUCGUGAUAAUCGAUGCAUGGUUCAGAUUCCUCAGGGGAAGACCCCAGUGAAGUCCUUGUUAAUAAUCAGCAGCAUUUGGUUUUGCAAAGCAUGUUCCAUGCUGUGGCUGUAGGGCUGGGUGUGUGGGGGUCUGGGGGGUCUGGGGGCUGGGGG